GAAAAAGUGGGGGUAAAGGGAUCAUCGCGCUCUGCUUUUGCGGUAGUCUCGAGGGGCUUUCCUUGUUUUUGUUGUGAUUUCAGUGAUUUCUAUUUUGCGAUGGAAAUUAUAAAUAAAUUACACAAUGACUGAGAUGUUUUUUGCAAGAACUUACACUGCUUUGUUACAAUUGCAAUCGUCGCGUGUACAUAACAAUUUGGUUCGUCAGUUAGUUUUAAUUCCAUCGUCGCAGUGAAAGGAAGCAAAAACUAAACGCCUCCUCCGAUUUCGCGGUGUGUGCAAAUUAACUCCAGCAAUUUGUGAGACAAGUGAACAAAGCCAGGGGAGAGAUUUCGAGACUGCAAGAAAAAUACCACGAUUAGAGAUGUCAUUUGGCGGUGGAAGCCCAGGAAAAGAGUCUACAAAGACCGCAAUAUCAGCUGAUGAAAAUCUUUUGCCCAGAGAUUACAGUCUGGUGAGUCUCGCGUCGACCAGCAGUCAAGAUGAGAAUUUCUGUUCGCGCAAUCAUGCAGAUUGCACACUCAAGAGAAUGCAGUUCUACCUGGAGAACCAGAAACUCUGUGACGUGGUGCUAAUUGCUGGUGUGGAUGGAAAGCGAGUCCCUGCCCAUCGUCUCGUCCUCUCUGCUGCCAGUGCCUAUUUCGCAGCAAUGUUCACUGGUUCCCUGAGAGAGAGUGAUCUCCAGGAGAGGGAGAUAACUCUUGGCGAGGUGACAGGAACAGCUCUUCAGCUCCUCGUACAGUAUUGCUAUACGGGCUCAAUAGAACUGCGCGAAGAUACAGUUGAGACUCUCCUGAGUACAGCCAGUCUGCUUCAAUUGGGAGCCGUUGUAAAUGCAUGCUGCACGUUCCUUGGACGUCAGCUGCAUCCGUCCAAUUGUCUGGGAUUUGCUCUGUUUGCUGAGCAACAGAGCUGCGAGACACUCCUGAAAGUUGCCACAAACUAUACCUGUGAACAUUUCAUGCAAGUCUGUAGAAAUCAAGAAUUUUUCCAAUUGAGUUCUGAACAAUUGGGAAAAUUACUGGCCAGCGAUAAUCUCAAUGUGCCAUCUGAGCAGGAGGUCUUUCAUGCUUUAUUGGCAUGGAUUCAGCAUGAUCCCAAAAAUCGUGAGAAGCACAUUCCGCAGCUCCUAGCUCUGAUCAGGCUCCCACUGCUUCACCCGGCGUUUAUCACUGAUCAUGUGGAAGCUCUGUGCGAGAGUGCUAACUGCCAGGAGCUGGUAAUGGAGGCUCUGAAGUGGCAUUUACUGCCGGAGCGUCGUGCAGUGAUUGCCAGCCAGAGAGCCCGCCCGAGAAAGUCGACGAUGGGAAAAUUGCUAGCUGUAGGAGGGAUGGAUGCCCACAAGGGCUCCAUAAGCAUCGAGAGUUACUGUCCACGCCUCGAUCAAUGGAGUCUGGUGAAGAAUAUGACUGCCAGACGAUUGCAAUUUGGCGUCGCUGUUAUGGAUAACAGGCUAAUUGUAGUGGGUGGUCGCGAUGGUCUAAAGACACUCAAUACCGUCGAAAGUCUUGAUCUCACAACAAUGGCCUGGAGCAACCUCCCACCGAUGAUUACCAAUCGCCAUGGGCUAUGUGCUGCAGUCCUCGGGGGUCCUCUCUAUGUGAUUGGAGGCCACGAUGGCUGGAGCUUUCUCAACACUGUUGAACGUUGGGAUCCCUGCACCAGGACCUGGAGCAAUGUGGCUCCCAUGACAUCUAUGCGAUCAACUGCUGGAGUUGCAGUGCUCGGAGGAUAUUUGUAUGUUGUCGGUGGACGAGAUGGCAGCGGAUGUCAUAGAUCUGUUGAGAGAUAUGAUCCCCACACCAACAAAUGGAGCCCUCGAGCUGCCAUGGUCAAACGUCGAGCUGGAGUGGGAGUUACAGCAGCGAAUUUUUUCAUUUAUGCUUUAGGUGGACAUGAAAAUUCUGCAAAUAAUCCUUCAGCAUCACGAACAGAAACUGUAGAAAGGUACGAUCCGGGAACUGAUACGUGGACUCUAGUAGCGUCCCUGAACGUGGGCAGGGAUUCCAUUGGAGUCGCUCUACUGGGAGAGAGGAUUUUGUCCGUUGGCGGAUACGACGGAAAUCAAUAUUUAAAGACUGUCGAACAAUACGACCCGGAAACCAAUGAAUGGUCCCAAUUGGCCUCCUUGAACUUUAGCCGAGCUGGCGCUUGUGUCGUGGCUAUUCCCAACACAGCGGCUGUGCCCACAACUAGCAAUACAAAGUGGAGACCCGUAAGAUUUCUACCAUGUUAUGGGCGUCAAGUAAAGAUUUACGAUCAUUAUGUUUAGUAAACAAUACACCACAAGCAAGUAUAUUCAAUUGCAACUAUUGUUUUUUUUAUAUCUUUCAUAAAAAUAUAAUAUCUUGAAUAUCAUGUAUUUUUCUAAGUGAGUUUCAUGGGAAAUACAUUGUUGAUUCUCAAGCAAUAAACUAAAAACGUCAGUAUAAAAAUUUAUAAGACUAUAACUUAUGUGUUUGCACUUUGCAGACCGAUUGUCAUUACUGAGUAAGAGAGGGAAAGUUAAAUUCAUGCUCUAUAUCUUUACUGAACAAGGGAAGUUCACGCGAUUACCGCUACAGGCGCUUAAACCGUAAAAAAAACAUUGUUCAUCAUAAAGACUUUAACGCGGCAAAAAUAUAUGUCUUCCAAAGACAUUAAAAAUUCGAAAUGUUCCAGUCAGGUUUAUCUUGCUGUAAGAAGUUUAAUGGUAAAAAACGACUACGAUUGAUUACUAGCUUGUAGUUUUCGACAAGAGUCGGAAAUGAUUUACAGACAAUUGCGAGCUUUUGCUCUCUGGUUCAAAACCCUUUUCGGUUAAGGUUUUCUGGAAUUUCGGCUAAAUCAGGAAUUAGCUUUUUUGUGAUUGUACUUAUGCUUUUACAAGUACGACUACGGAGAUUCGGGUAAUGACCGAAAGACUUAAUCACUCGAAAUAUUCGUGUGAGAAAUUGCUGUACAUAAGCGAAGUAGAAUUACCCAAAAAAAGCUAUGCAAGCUUUUUUAAAGAGAUGCCAACUUCAAGGCAGACCUUACUUAGGACAAAAUUGUUUAAUCGAAUAGAAUAAUCGUAUGUCGUAAUCUUGAUUAUUUUUAGUUCGCGACCACAUUAAACCGGUUUAACCUUCAACCUUUUAAUAGUUCGUAAAAAAAAAUAAAAUUCGUUAUUAAAAUAAAUGAAAAAACCCACAACUUAAGAUUAAACAUUAAAACAAUUUUUUGAAUUUUUGAAACAGUCAUAAAAAUGAGUUUGGGCCACUGGCUUUGUGACCUAACAGUCCAUAAGUGUUAAAAUAAAUUUAAAAUAGUCUGCACGUUUUAAACAAAAAACGAUAUCGUUUUUUUCUUAUUAAAUUUUAUUUAUCCGUUUCUCGGAAUAAUAAAAUCCAACUUAAAUGCAUUGUUCUAUGCUUAAUUGCGUCUGCCGUCGCCUUAACACCACAGAUCACAUCAGAAAGUGGAAGAAAACCCGAAUUUUUAGCCAAUUUGUUUGUUGCAUUUUAUAUUUUUCUAAAUUUACCAAAAAUACCACAAUUUUAUCAGAAUUUAUAUGUGACAGAGGUAGGGACAACGAGCAACAGGAACAAGCAUAAUAAAAGAUAAUUCUUGAGAUAAAAAAAAACACGGGUUGCUGAUACACUGAGAGAAAUCCGAAAAAGUUAAAAUAACAUUCCGGAAAUGUUAAUUUUACCCUGCAUUAUUGAUCCGAAAUCGGCGUUAAUAUUAUGCUUUUUAGGUGUAUUAUGGGUUAAAGUUACCCUUUUUCAUAUUAAUUUUACACUUAAAAAGGUGUAAAAUUAACAUUAAAAAAUGUUGAUAUAUUUUUACACCUAAAAAGUGUUAAAGUUACGAGGAAAAAAAGUUAAUCGUACCCCUUUUUUCUCAGUGUAGGGGAAAGUGGAGCACCUUUGAAUUGUGGUACCUUCGAAAUUGUGCUUCUUUCUCCUAUUUUUAAAAAAUAUUUUAGAACUUAUCAUAAUGUAAUUUAGCUUAAAAAUUAAUUUGUUGAGUUACAUUUAUCAUGGUAAAGUCAAGGUCCAUUUAAAAAUAAGAAAAAAACUAUUUUAAAGUUACUCUAAUUCAAAGGUGCCCUACUUGUUGGCCGAAUGGAAACACGUGAAAAUGGAGAAAAUUAACCCAGCUAGAGUUCGUAGGGCAAUAGACCCUGCACAAGGUGGAUAGAUCCUUAAAGAAAGCUGAGUUUGAACUUGGUUUAAUUUUGCCCCUCUUACAAUGCGGCACAUAAUUUCGAAAGCUCUGUUGUAAUUCGAUCAGUAUAGAAUUUAAUUUACAACAAUCAAAACUUAAAAUUAUUUUUUUUACGUCCGGAAAACCCGUCAUGGUUUGAAAAUAAUAAACAUUACCACAGUGAGUAUGUAGAGAACGACCGACCCACCUACUUCUAAAAAACAAUGUCUAAUUUCUACUUUAUUGUAUUGGCGGGAGAAAUGAAUACAAUAAUUAUAGGGUGAAAGGAACACACAUUGACAUUUUAAUAACUUGUGUCAGGACCUAGGGUAAAUUAAGCUAAUUCAAAACCUGCUCCAAAUGGAAAUUUUUUUCUACGCCAAAUGGAAACAUCAUUGUUUUCACGAUAAAUACAGUACUAAAUUAUUAAAUUUAUUAAUUUUCUAUACCACAGUUUCAUUAUUUAGUUAAUUUUGCUUCAAAUAAAGCAAAAAUCCAUUCAUAUUUACAAAUUUUAAUUUGUUAAUUUCUCACUCAGAAAAAUUAAAAGUGUACCUUUUCAACAUUGAAUUUUUCAUAGAUCGACCAUGUUUUCCAAUGAAAAACACAAUGAGGUGACUGUUGUUUAUUCGUUUUGUUUAACAUUUAAUGUCACAUUUCUGGUUAAUUUUAGUUAAAGUAAGUGCUAAUCUUUAUUGUUAACGGUACGUGAAGUUUUCAAAUGAAAUAAUUACCUAUUUCGUGAACAAAAAAGGGGUUUUCUGAAGUGUCUGCAAAUGCUUCAAUAGGAAACCCCGGAAAUAUGAUUUUUUUGGAAAGAUUUCCUUAUUGUUUUAGAUGGGAAAGGAGAAAAGACCAGGAAUAAGAACAAAUCUUGCGCUCAGGAGAAACUCAACAAGAUUUUUGAAGCCUUUCGUCGCGGUUUCUCUUACACUGUUUGUCUCCAAUUAGAAACUUUCCCUUGUCUCCAUUUGGAUUAAUUUGUUUCCCAUAGAAGCAUUUUAAUAAAAAAAUCCCAUUUGGAGCAAGUUCUGAAUUAAGCUCUUCUACUCUGUCGAGAAGCCCGGAAUCACAUACCGUAGUCCCGAAAAAAUAGCCAGACCCUCGGGGGUAUUCUAUGAGGUCAAUAUAAAGAUAACGACGAUGCCCUUUUGGCAGAUAAAAAAGUGUCACUCAAGCCGGAAAGAAACCCAAAUCUAUUUUCAAAACAUCAUAAGUUCGUGAAACUCUCGCAAAGAUUUAUUAAGCAUUACAACUCACAAAAUUUUUAAGUCAAUUGUUCCAAUUUCAUUGACUUGUUCUUUAUGUGUUUUAUUCCAUUCAUUAUUUCUUUAAGUUAUUUAAUUUAAAUUUCUUCCAAACAGACUAUAUUACGAGCUUUCUUCUGUAUAGCGGCAAUGAUAAAAGCACGAAUUUACUUUUUUCCCCACUAAAAGAUCGCUAAAUUGAUUAUUAAACUGAUAAGAAGAAAAAUAAUAAAAUUGUAUAUUUCUCGACUGAAAAUCAAUUAAUGUAUUUCUCAAAAGAAACUCAAAAUUAUAUCUCAUCCAAGUGAAUAUCUUAUAGGAUUUUUCCUCUCCAUACAUAUGAUAGAGAUUCCAGUGUAGAAUAUAAGGCAUGUGAAUUAGGGCAUAAUUCAAUUAAGCAUCACGAUACGACUGAAAAAAUUAAGAUCUCAAAAAAGACUAUUUUAUUAAAAACAAAACAAGAGUAUUUUGUUAGAAGCUUUGAUAAGCAUAAUUAAUUAACCAUUUGCACAACUAAAAAAAAGAAUUGCUCAAGUCGAAUCGCAUUGCCAAAUUGGAUUCAGGCCUUAAAGUAAACUUUCACAUCAAAUUAAUUAAAAUUAUAUUUAGACCGAAUUAGCUUCACUAUUCUAUUUAAAAUAUUGUAUUUAGACGAAAAUUGUGAAAUAUAUAAAUUUUCUACGAUUUUAUGGAGAAUAUUUAGGAAUAAAAUAUUAAAUAAAA